GAAAAGGGAAGCGUGUGUCCCAAACCUCGCUUUGUACUACUAUACACUGAUUUUUUUAAAAACAUUUUUAUUACUACAGGCAUGAUCUAAUUUAAUUUAGAUCACAGUCUCGUCUAUCUGUUGUAUUAAAUCAGUCGUUUUCAUUACUUUACAAUAUUGUGUUUUCCAUGCCGUUAUAGUAUUUUUUGGCACUUGGAAAGUUUUGGAAAGGAGGGUUUGGCGGGGUGAACAGAGAUGAGCAGCCCCGAUGCUGGGUAUGCGAGCGACGACCAGACGCAGGCACGGUGCGCCAUGUCCAUGAUCAUCGGACACCGUCAGUGGACGGAGCCCCUGAGUCCCAUGACCGAGGGGAAGAUUAAGAGCGAGCCGGGCUCCGGCAGCCAGAGCCGCGGUAAGGGCGAGCCGCGCAUCCGGCGCCCCAUGAACGCCUUCAUGGUUUGGGCGAAGGACGAGCGCAAGAGGCUGGCGCAGCAGAACCCGGACCUACACAACGCGGAACUCAGCAAAAUGCUGGGGAAAUCCUGGAAAGCUUUACCCGUAUUAGAGAAGCGCCCCUUCGUGGAGGAGGCCGAGCGGCUGAGGGUGCAGCACAUGCAGGACCACCCCAACUACAAGUACCGGCCCCGUCGGAGGAAGCAGGUCAAGCGGGUCAAACGGCUGGACUCGGGCUUCCUGGUGCACGGCGUCCCGGACCAUGCAGACCGCGGUGGCGCCGACGGCCGAGUCUGCAGCGACGCCAUCCCUGGCAUCAACUUCCACAAGCACGGCGGCUACCAGGUUCCACCAGGGGGGCACUACCACCACGAGGUCCCCGCCAUGGGGGGGCACUACGAGCCGUACAACCUACCCACGCCCGACACCUCACCCCUGGAUGCUGUGGAGGGCGACUCCAUCUUUUUUUCCCAGAAUUCCCAGGAAGACUGCCAUUCCGUAUACCCAUACCACCCACAAGCCCCUGAAUACCCUCCCCAGGAUCCACAUGGCAGCGCUCUUCUCCACAGACACCUCCCCCCUGUGGAGCAGGCGUCCAUGGCGACUCCGGGGGCCUCCUUAUCUGGCUUCCCGGGCUGCCCAAACCCGCUGGCGCUCUACUACUCUCACUGCAGCCCUGUUCAUGCCAAGAGGCCCCCGGGCCAGCAGGCCGGACAGUUGUCCCCGCCCCCCGACGGGCACCCCCCUGAGGCCAUGGAGCCCAUUGGGCAGCAGGAACUCCUCGGAGAUGUGGACCGGAGCGAGUUCGAACAGUAUCUGAACUCCUCCGCCCGGCAGGAGCUGUCUGGCUUGCCGUUUAUGGGCCAUGACACCAAUAUGGCCGCCUCAGACAACCUCAUCUCCUCCGUGCUCUCCGACGCCAGCACCGCGGUCUAUUAUUGCAAUUACAACAGUGUGUAACGCCCUGGCCACAACGCAUCUCCCACGGAGGGGAAACGGGGGGGAAAGGGGGGGAGGAGAGUCGGGGGCUUGCCCAGGACAAUCAAUCGAACUUCGCAAAGUGACGAUGUUUAUAAGAUGAUUCUUUUUCUUUAUGCCAAGGGAUGAAGGAUGAUGUAGUGUCCCUCGUUCUGACUGUACAAGCCUUAUGAUACUGGAAUUAAGAGCAAUAACGUUUAAUAGCCAAACAGGCUGCAUAUUUCCUUUUUAACUGUCUUUAUUCUGAGAUGUCUUCAAAUUGUAAAUAGCUUAUGCGGAGAAAAACAACUUGUACAGUUUAAUAUUUUAAAGUGUAUGUAUAGCUGUUUUUAUACUUUUGCACUUUUUUGGAAAAAAAAAUAAACCUAAAUGAAAUAUGU